GAGAGUUUGCAUGCCCUAGUAGUCUUUGUGCUAGUGCCGAUCGCACGGGCAAUGAUUUCGACAAUAUUUCUCACUGACUACAAUAGUGGCUGUGAUUUAGGUUCAGAUGGUAAAGAUGAUAUGGAGUCAGAGCUAAGAGAUAUUGAAGCAGACAGACAGAAAAUGGGAUGCUCCAUAUAUCAUUUGAAACAACUUUCACAAUGGGGUAAAGAUUUGCAUAGAAGUGGAAAUAAGGAUGCUGCUGUUCACUAGCCAAAAAGUGGUGUGAUAUACAAACUUUACUGAAAGAACUGGAUUUUUCUGAACCAAAACAUUACCGGAUUUGUUUUGGUAAUGACCGUUUAAGUCAAUAUGGAUUAUUGCAAUCAAGAGAUGAACCUUGACCCCAUUGUGGUAAUUCAGGAAUAAUCCCAUACUACUUCUUGGGCCUAUCAGAUGAAGUAAAAGAACUGGUACUCCUCUCCAGAAAUAAGCCAGAAAAUGACUGGCCAUUAGUAGCAACGUGA